AUGUCUGGAGGGUGUGCCUGCUGCUUCUGCCUUCUCUGCAACACUUUCCUCUGCUUCACCCUAGCCUUCUUCAUGUUCUGCUACAUCUUGACUUCUGAUGAGCCCAAAUUCAGGGUCACCGAUGCCUCUCUGACCCAAUUCAAUUUUACCAACACCGACAACAGCACUAUCCACUACAACCUUGCACUCAACAUCACCAUCAGAAACUCGAACAAGAAGGUUGGCAUAUACUAUCGUCGCAUUCAAGUAAUUGCUAACUAUAGAAAGAAGACGUUUGCUAUGGUGAAUUUGACUUCCGCACCAUUUUACCAAGGCCAUAAGAACACGACCACUUUGCAUGCAGUUCUUGAAGGGCAGCAGUUGGUGUUGUUUGGGGAAAGUGACAUUUCCCAAUUUAAUUCGGACACUGCUGCCAGCAUUUACAGUAUUGAUCUGCAGCUUGCUCUUCAGGUAAGAGCCAGGUACUUUAGUUUCAAGACAGCCGAAUACCCGUCUAGCAAGAUCGACUGCAAACUGCGGGUUCCUUUCAGUCUUAAUGAAACAUCCCCAAGUGGUUUCAACGUAACAAUGUGCUGGAAUGUUCAUAUCUUGACAGAUCGUGGCGACUAA